AUGCUUUUACUUUCAAGUUUCAAUCAUUCUUCUGGAAUUUGGACAAAAUUGCAAAAGCCUCGUCCGAGGAGGCAUGGGGUUCCUAUAAAUGCAGUUAUUGUUGGACUCAACUACUAUAGUAACGACGGUGUUAGAUCUCUUCAGGGCGCUGUUAAUGAUGCUUAUAAGUUCAGAAAAGGACUGCUGAGAUAUUAUCAAGCUAAGAAAAGAAAUAUAAAACUUUUUGUGGAUGCGAAAUUGAAAAACAGAAAGUAUAGAUGUGUCACUUGUUCAGAUGUAGUAACAGCAAUCAUGGAUAUGUUUAGGAAAGCACGAAGAGGAGACAUUCUUGUAUAUUACUUUGCGGGACACGGUGGCUCGACUUCAACAAAACAGUAUAACAAUAAUUCGGGAAAUAUUGAGUUCUUACGUACUAACAAGGGUGACAUAAGAGAUGGAGUAAUGAGACAAUUAUCGGAGAGUGUACCCGAGGGCUGUUUGUUUUAUAUUGUAACUGAUUGUUGCAAAUGUGGCGGGUUGGUUGAAGGAGUACAUGAGCAGAUCGGGACUAGUACAAAACAUUCAGUGAUAAGGGUCCGAGGUGAAGAACCAAGGAUGAGAUAUCUAAGUUCGUUAAGGAAAACUUCUGAUAUCCCAAAUGCCAUUCAUCUUUCGGCAUGCCAGAAUUUCCAACUAUCCGCGGAAACCUUUUUUGAAGACCAAAACCAAUCUGGAGGAUUAUUCACCGAUAGCUUACUGAAGGUUCUAAAGAAGAAUUAUUUUCGAGUGUCUAACAUUGAUCUCACCAGAAAGAUAAGAAAACGGAUGAGGAACAUGAAGUUGAAAGAGAAACAACACGCUGGUUUAUACUGCUCGGAUGUCCAAGGAGAAUUCAACUUUUUAAGUUUUGAGUGGAUGGGUCUUUCAAAAAGAAGAAAAAGAAAAUUAGAGAAGAUGGGGCAGACUGCUAUAGGGUCUUUGAAAGGUAUGCUUCCCCAUAAGGUUAUACAGUCUUUGGAAAGGGAAGAUGGUACGUGGCAGUGGGAUAGAAUAGUUGAUGAUUUUGUUGUGAAAGGAAAAAUGAAGAACUGUCUUGCUGUGUGUGGUGGGACCAAUGAUGUGUCUGUGGCAUUUGGAUUGUUGGUGUCUGAAUUGAGUGACAAACCUUGGAAAGGGAAGGUUAUUAAUUUCAGUGCCGAGCCUGACCUUCAUGUAAUUGAGGGGGAUGAUCUGAGGUCCAAGACAAAUUUUGUGAAGGAUAUGGAACGGGGGGUUAACAUUGAUUUCCAGAGGGUGUUUGAUUGCAUAUUGGAUGUGGCUAUCGAAGAGAAUCUUAAGGAGGAUCGGAUGAUUAAAAGGAUCUUUGUAUUGAGUGACAUGGAGUUUGAUGAAGCGUCUGCAAACUCUUGGGAGACUGAUUACCAAGAAAUCACUAGGAAGUAUGGAGAGGCAGGGUACGCUGUGCCUCAGCUAGUUUUUUGGAAUCUGGAAGACUCGAGGAUCGGCCCGAUACCAGCCACUCAGAAUGGAGUGGUGCGUGUAGGUGGAUUUUCUGAGAAUUUGCUGGCAUUAUUCUUGGUUAAUGAAGGAGAUAUAACCCUGUAGAAGCCAUGGGUGCUGCAUUGCUGGCCCCUAGUAUCAGAAACUAGUUGUGCCGUAUUAAUUUCCUUAACUGGUAGAGUUUUAUUCAGUGAAACAAUAGAAUAGUCAUAUGUUACCUUUGACAUUUAUAUUGGUACUAUAUUGUUCCAGUUCAAUAUAGUGCUUCAUAUGUUUUGUCUUACGGGUCCCAAUACUGUGAUUGAUUGAUUAAUCGCCACCAAAAAGAUCCCAAGGAAAAAGUUUUUUAAGGGAGUGGAAUUGAUCUUUGAAUGGUUUUUUUUUGUUGCUGCAAAGUUGAAUAUAGAAACAGUUUUUUUAUGAAGAAUAUAGAAACAGUUGCAGGAUCUUUGAAUGGGUUUGAAAUACCCAUUUUCAUAGCUAUUAUUGUUGUAAACGGUUUUGUGACUCCCUCAUUUAUUUCCUAAAG